AUGUAAAAAAAUAAAAGAGAACUUGAAAAAGAUGCUUAAGGAAACACAAUAAUGAGUAAAAAAAACCUAAAAAUAAUAUGCGAGAAUAACGAGUUAUAUGAACAUCCAGAUCUAAACGAAAAAAUAUAUCUUAACCACAAAGAGAAUCUUGGUGGCUUGAAAAACCUAUAAAAUAUAAAUAUUUCAUAUAAUAUUUGUUAAACUUAUGAUGAUUUGAAAGGACUUUUAGAUUGUCUUACUUUAACAAAUAUUGAUCUUUCUCAUAAUUAAAUUAUAUGCGAUGAUAAAAUUAUAGAUGAUUUAUUUAUUAAAAUGAGGAAUUUAUUAUGUUUAUAUUUAAAAAAUAAUCCUUGUGUCAGAGAAUUUAAAAAUUAUAGAAAAAGAUUAGUUGGCAAUAUGUGUUAGUUGAAAUAUUUAGAUGAUAGACCCGUAUUUAUUGAUGAAAGAAGAUUGUGUGAAGCUUGGGUUAGGGAAGGAAAAGAUGGGGAAAUGACUGAAAGAAGAAACAUAUUGAAAGAAAGAGAUUAGAAAAAUGAAAGAAAUUUUUAAGAAAUACUUUAAAUGUAAAAAGAAAUAAAAGAAAAAAGAACCGAAAUAAUUUUAAAGGCAAAAGAAGAAAGCGAGAAAGAAAUAUAAAAAAUAAGACAAUCCAUAGAAAAAUGUUAUUAAGAUAAUAAGCCUUUAGAAUAUAUUAAAUUACUUGAAGGUGAUAUUGAUAAUGAAUUAGCAAAAAUUGAAGAUUUAAUGAAUAAUUUUGAUAAGAUAAACGUAAAUGAACAUAAGCCUUAUGUUUAUUUUAGUACUAUGAAGAGUUAGGAAGAUGGUGAAAUAAUUAUUUUUAAUAAAACUGAAUAAGAAAAGGAAAUUAUAAAAAAUAAAUACAUAACUAACCCUAAUGUCUAAAAAACUAAAACUAAAGAUGAAUUGGAUGAAGAAAAAAGACUGGAAAGAUUAAAAUAAUAUGAUGAUGAAGAAGAAGAAAAAUAAAUUAAAUUAGAAUAAAAAAUAUAAGAGGAAGAAAAAGAAGAUGAAAUGGAAAAAUUAAAAACUCAAUUUAUUGAUUAUUCCACUUAAUGGAAAACUUUUAGUCUUAAAGAUAAAGAAAAACAAGAGAAAGACAAAGAAAACAAAAUGCUCUUUUAUCCCGAUGAUCAAUAAAUGGAUAUUGAAGCUUUAAAAAAAGUAUGGAUAUCAGAAUUUGAUGAACUUUUAGAGAAUCUUUUAGUCAAAUAUAUGUUCGAUUUUGAUAAAGCAACUUUAAAAUUUAAUAGAAUAGCGAAUUAGGCUACUGUUAAGAAUAAUUUUGGUUUUACUUUUUAGCCGUUUUCAGUUGAAAAUAUUAGAAAAAUGUGGACUUAUAUAGAAGUUUAAAAAUUCAGAAAUAUCAAAAAAGAAAAUUUUGAAAUUCAUGUUUAGAAUUAGUAUAUUGCAAGAAGGUAUAUUAUCGAUUGGUUUUUGUUCAAUUUUAAUCACGUUUUCACUUAUUUAAGUACAUUCCAUUAAUUCUGUUGGGUUUGGUAAAUGGAAUUUUAUUUAGUCUUUUGUCUUAACAGCAAAUUCUUCGGUAAGAUUAAGAAUAUAAGAAUUAAUUGUUAUUUUUGA